CUCUAUUGUUGACACGGGCCAUGCUUUCUCUGCCGACGAAUAGCUUCCUAAGUUCGCUGGUUACUUCCAGCAAGUUAAAAUAUUUUUUUUUCCCUUCGCAAAGUUGUGGUUUGAAUUCCCGAUACUAAUCUUGCCCCCGAAGACUUCUCUUCCCCUCUCUCUACAAGAACCCUAAUCUUCUGUUUAGCUUAGCCGCAUCCUUAUAUUAUAAUCAAGAAUGAAGAUCAAGGCUAGAUUUAGGUAAAUUGAAGCACAAAUGAAAUAUGGAGGGUGGAUCUGGAAAAAUAUUGGUUUUCCCCUUCCCAUUUCACGUGUUUUUAAACCCAAGGCCAACGCUUUCAGACUUCCUCUUAGAAAGAACAUGGAUGAAGCACACUGUUGCCUUGAUCUUGCUGAAGAAUGUUCAACACUGGUUAAUCUGGAUUUCUCUACAGAAGCAUAUAUGAUAAGAAAGUCUCGUGCUUGUCUUACGUUGCAACUUGAAGAAUGCAUCGAAGUGGGGAUAGGCUUCACAAUUAUCAUUAUGGUUAUUGUUAUAAUUACUAUUACUAUCUGCUACUACUGA